UCCUCCUCCAUCCCUCUAUUCAAAGUUUGCCAGUUUCCCUUUCAGUUUCUCGCUCUGUCCGCUGCAAGUGCAAGUUUUUAAUGGUUGCGUGAAGAAGAAGUUUGGUAUAUUUGUAGUGUUUUCUUGAUAUCACUCUGUUUUUCUCGAAAUGGGUAAGAAAGAACAGCAACAACUUAGAGAUCACAAGGGCAACGAGAGAGUUGAAGCUGUUCUCGAGCUUCUAAGAAAACAAUCUCCACUCACAGUGAAACAGGAGAAGUUCUGCAACAAUGCUUGUAUAGAACGGUUUCUGAAAGCAAAAGGUGAUAAUGUGAAGAAGGCUGCUAAGCACUUAAGGGCUUGCCUGUCUUGGAGAGAGAGUAUAGGCACUGAGCAACUAAUAGCAGAUGAGUUCUCAGCUGAGCUCGCUGAAGGAGUUGCCUAUGUGGCUGGGCAUGAUGAAGAUUCCAGACCUGUUGUGAUUUUUCGCAUGAAGCAAGAUUACCACAAAUUCCAUUCGCAGAAACUGUUCACUCGGCUGCUGGUUUUUACACUUGAGGUGGCCAUAGGAUCAAUGGCAAAAAACGUUGAACAAUUUGUACUCCUCUUCGACGCAAGCUUUUUCAGAUCAGCAUCGGCUUUUAUGAACUUAUUACUGGCAACACUGAAAAUUGUGGGCGAAUACUAUCCAUGCAGGCUUUGCAAGGCUUUCAUAAUAGACCCACCGUCUCUAUUUUCUUAUCUAUGGAAGGGUGUUCGUCCCUUUGUUGAGCUGUCAACGGUGAUUAUAGUGGUAUCGUCGUUGGAUUUUGAAGAAUCAUUGGAGUUCAGUGACUUCUCUUCCUACCCGCGAGCCUCAUCCCUCCGAUUCGAUCCUUCGCCAAUAAUAUCAACGUCCAAGAUCGGCUCAUGCUCUUCCUCAAGAUUUUCCUUCACUGUGUCCCACCAUUUUGACUCGCUCAAACCUUGGUACCUAACCUUGACCGACACAUCAGCAUCAAAAGUAGAACCUACUUGCCCCUAUCCUCUAGGCCCGGCUUUAAUUUCCCCGCUCAACGCCAGGUCUCUCUCCUUCGCAUCACCAGCAGCUAGAACGCCACUCAGCAGCAUCAGUGGUGGAAGCUACGGCAGGCCCGCUAAGAAAAAUUUGUUCCCAUCAACUCCGCUGCCACAGCGAGUGACCACGAGUGAGCCCAUCAAAAUUUCUCACCCACGAACCCCACGGCCAUCGUUCCUCCAAUCACCGGCCAUGUUUUUCAAGAAAGAAUGCUAUGUCAACAGGACUGACAAGUCUCGACAGUCGUUUUUGCCCUAUUUGAAGUUCUAUAGGCGGCCGUACGAUGAGAUGAUAUACAGGUCAAAGAUGCGGCCUCCGCUUGGUGGUCUCAUCUCCAUCGUCUCUCCCCACCUUAAACGUCGCCACAUGUCAGUAUCACAACGGUUCUAAAUGAAGAGAAGCUCAUGCAAGCGGAAAACAAGAGCUACAAGAAAACGGAGAGAGAGAGAGAGAGAGAGAGUAAAUAGGAGUGUUUAGUAUUUUACUAUUACAUUAACUAAAGUGUCAAAUGUCAAUGGCAACAUUGACACAAGUACUAAUAAUUGAUUAAUUAUUUGUUGAAAUGAUGCUUUAUUAAUUAACUAUAUGAUAUAUGGUGGUGCA